AUGGACAAUAAUGAUAUAGAUACAGUCGCACUCAAGAAAACAGCGGGACCUGCGGCGACCGAUGAAGGGUCUGGCAAAAUACUUGCUUCGAUUCCAGAGGUUCCUGGAAACUCGUCUUUUGAAGAUGAAACUUUUGAUGUUAGUAAAAGAUUAACCAGUUUUUGGAACGAUAAAAAGGCCGAAGUGGAAAGUUUAUCUCGUGAGAAACUUCGACAAGCGACUCGUAAUCAAGACCUGCCUUUAGCGCGAAUUAAAAAGAUUAUGAAGUUGGAUGAUGCUUUGAAGGAGCAGGCGAGCAGUUGUUUUUACUUAUUAUUUCAAUACAAGACUUUAAAUGGUUUUAAAGGAGUUUUACUGGUGACAAUUGUCUUACUUUUUAACUCUGUGUUAACCGUUCAGAUGAUUAGUGCAGAAGUCCCAAUUUUUCUGGCUAAAGCUUGUGAAAUUCUUAUUGAGGAAAUUACACUGCGGUCUUGGCGUAGCACUGAAAUGGGAAAGCGCAAAACUUUGCAGAAAAGCGAUAUCUCACAUGGAUUAGCAGAUGUUGACAAGUUCGAUUUCCUAGUGGAUUUUGUUCCACGCCCUGAACCAAGGCGUGAUAUUCCAUCCCAACCGUCAGCUAUUGCCGUACCAGUUAUCAACCCUGUACAUGUUCAACCUGCUGAAAUAAUUGAUGGCCGGGUUUACGUUCAACAAGAGCCGGGAAUGGUCCAGGUUUUGCAGAUUGCUGACGGUGAGACUCCUUUGGCUUCUGGAGCGGUUUUACAAGCCACCCCAAUUGGACAGCCAAUUCAAUUACAACAGUCCGAGAAUGGCGACCCAUCAAUAAUAACGGUCAAUUUGCCUGAUGGAGGAAUCCAACAGUUUCAUCUACAGGUUCCACAGCAACAUUAA